AUGGAGGUGCCCCAGCAGGCAGCGGCUGGGCAGGAGGACAGGGACUACGAGCUGAUGAAGCAGGCCGUCGACGAGGCCUACCGGGCAGCCGCGCGCGGCGACGGGGGGCCGUUCGGAGCCGUCAUCCUCGGCGACGACGACGCCGUGGUGGCGAGCUGCCACAACCUGGUCCGGAAGAACACCGAUCCGUCGGCGCACGCUGAAGUGGCCGCGAUCAGACAGGUAGCUAAUAGCGAAACUGCCGAGCACGUUUGCGUUUCUGAUCUUCCACCUGUUUCCUCACACGGUUGCAGGAGGCUCGGGAGAGUCGACCUCUCAGGCUGCGAGAUCUACGCGUCGUGUGAGCCGUGCCCGAUGUGCUUCGCCUUGAUUCGCAUGCCCAAGAUCAAGAAGGUGGUGUAUGGGGCCAAGGCGGAGGCCGCCGUCGCCGCUGGGUACGACGCCUCUAUCCCGGACACUUUCGUGGAGUACUACGGGAAAUCCGGCAUCGAGGUCAGGCAGGUCGAGGGCGAGGCUGCCGGGAUCGCCGAGCAGGUGUUUGAGAAGCCAUGGGAAACUCCGGGUGAGGCAACCAGACGGACACGAACGAGAGGUGGAUGGUCUGAGAAGGCAAAAGGAAUGGUGAAAUCAUCACGACUCUGUUGUCUUUGGAACUAGCAGCUCAAAUGUAUCAUCGGUGGGUUCACAUCCUGAUGAAGCUUGUACUGCAAAUACACGGUCUUUUAUCAUUCCAUCAAUAAACGUGUGUACCGCAACUAUGUGUUUGCACUAUGGGAACAUCUAUACAUGUACUCCGUCU